AGUGACAGUGUAGACAUAGGUACUGAGUGUAAAUUGAUUAAAUUCAUUAGCAUUCGCUUUUGUUUAGUAAACAAUUAUGAAAACAUUACCGCAUAACUCGUGAUAUUUUUUCGGACGCUUCAGUACUAGUGUCGAGUUCAAACCAUUAUCAAUCCUUGUCUGUAUGAUAAUUUUGCAAUGUUUUAAUUUUCAAAUAACAUUUUAUUGUUGCUGGAUUUAUUCUGAACUACAAAAAUGAGUCCUGAUGAUAGUAAAACACAUAGAACAUUGGGACGGAAACUUAGUAAUUUUUUUACAAAGAAACAAUCGUUUAAGAAAAAAUUCAAACCAGCUUGUUUGGAAGCAACUUUGGAACCAAAUGAUAUUCCUAAAACUACAGAGCCAGUUUGGAUCUUAGGAAAAAGAUAUAGCGCAGUCCAAGAUAUAAAUAAAAUAAGACAAGACAUAGUUUCGAAAAUAUGGAUAACAUACAGGAAAAAUUUUAUACCAAUAGGUGGAAAUGAAGGUCUUACAUCAGAUAAAGGAUGGGGUUGUAUGUUAAGAUGUGGUCAGAUGGUUCUGGCACAAGCUCUGGUAUCUCUACAUUUGGGAAGAGACUGGUUGUGGGAUCCACAAUGCAAAGAUAAUACCUAUUUGAGAAUAUUAAAAAAAUUCCAAGAAAGAAGACAAGCCCCCUAUUCUAUUCACCAAAUAGCCUUAAUGGGAGCCUCCCUUGGAAAACAAGUUGGACAAUGGUUUGGGCCCAAUACUGUUGCACAAGUUCUCAAGAAAUUGGUGAAGUAUGAUGAUUGGAGUAGAUUAGCAAUCCAUGUAGCUCUAGACAAUACUGUAGUGAUAUCAGAUAUAAAGGAAUUAUGCUUAGCAAAAACAAAACUUGAUGGUACAAAUUUAACAAAUUCUGAAUGGAAACCUUUAUUACUUAUAGUGCCUUUACGGUUAGGACUUACUGAAAUCAAUCCUUUAUACAUUAGUGGAAUACAGAAAUGUUUCCAGUUUAAACAAAGUCUGGGCGUGAUUGGCGGUAAGCCAAACGUUGCUCUAUAUUUUAUAGGUUGUGUGGGCAAAGAAGUAAUAUAUUUAGAUCCUCAUCAUACCCAAAAAACUUGCUUUGUAGAAAACAAGGAAACAGAGGAACAAAUAGAAGCAGACACAACUUAUCAUUGUAAAUAUGCAUCUAGAAUAAAUAUAGUCAAAAUGGAUCCAUCAAUAGCUAUGUGCUUCUUUUGUAAAACGGAAUCGGAUUUCAAUGAUUUUUGUCUAAAAGUAGAAACAGAUUUAUUAAAUCCACAAACAGAACCAAUGUUUGAAAUUAGUUACAAUAAGCCAACAGAAUGGUCUCCUGUAUUAGAAAACGCCGUGGACGCUGGAGCUGCCUCUUUUGCAGGUUAUCAAGCAUACUAGAAAAAAGUUGAAAUGUCGGAGGUUUUAUAUUUCUGGAUAAUACAAAAUUUUCCGCCCAAAGUAAAUUAAAACUGUAGUUGCAUAAAGAAUAAUUGAAAAACGCCAGUGACAGAAUCUUCGAUCCAUUAUUAAAGUCGCAAAACACUCUUGAGAUGAACUGACAAAUUGAAGCUCUGUAAACAAACCAUAUGAUAGAUGAUUCUCCCUUCCCCCAAUCUUCGCGUAAGUAUAGAUGAUAGUUGUACCAAAUUUCGAAUUUUAGUUUUCUGCAUAAAUGACAUUUAAAAAUUUCAAUUUCUCGAUUUUUCAACGUCUCCAUUGGGGUCAAUUCCCAGAUAUAGGUUAGGAAGAAUAGGGUUUUUGUAAGAUAUCAAUCUUGCUAUUCCACUGUUCGUUACGCAUCGGAAGUUGUCACUAGUCAAUUUUCUUAUUUCCUGAUAAUGGAUGAGAGGGAGAUAUUGUUAGGAAAUUUAAAGGCAGUGAAAACAUUUGUGGAAAUGAUAAUGAUGGCAGUCAUUUUUUAUGACAUAAUUUUUAAAUUUACUUCUCUAUUUAGAUUUUGUUAGUUAUUACGACAGGAUAAACAUUUCAACUUGAGGCCAUAUUAAUGACCAUACACCAAAGAUAUUUUUCACAUCAAGUUCA